GCUGACUGUAGCAUGUGAUCCAGAGGGGGAACAGACAGACAGACAGCAGCUCAGUCUUUCUGUUAUUUUAUUUAGAUAUCGUCUCUGGGCUUCGCUGCGCUGAACAGUGAUGGCUGGACGGGGUAAACUGAUCGCCGUGAUAGGAGAUGAAGACACCUGUACCGGGUUUCUGCUCGGGGGGAUCGGAGAGCUGAACAAAAACCGUAAACCCAACUUCUUAGUGGUGGAGAAGGACACCAGCAUCACAGAGAUCGAGGAGACCUUCAAAAGUUUCCUGGCUCGCAGUGACAUUGGGAUCAUCCUCAUCAACCAGUUCAUCGCAGAGAUGAUCCGCCAUGCCAUAGAUGCCCAUAUGCAGUCUAUCCCUGCCGUGUUGGAAAUCCCCUCGAAAGAGCACCCAUACGACGCUUCCAAAGACUCCAUCCUGCGCAGGGCUAAGGGCAUGUUCUCUGCGGAAGAUUUCCGAUAAGACAGAGUCCUGGUGGGAUCAUGGCCUAGUCAGGAGAGAGGAUGGGAGAGGGAGCAUUGGGGACAAGUUUGCUGAUAAUGGGAAAAAGAUUAAGAGCAGCUAAAAAUCUGUUGGGAUUUGUUGGGUCGCUCUCCCAUGCCUUGCCUGGGCUAGGUUAAAUCUUGAAAACUCCUGUCAGUGUAUAUUGUUAAUGUGUAUGUUUUUCAGUGUCUCUGUGUUAUGUUUGAAGAUUGGACAUAUGAAAUGUUUACUGGUGCUCAGCUUGUGAUGUAAUUGCUGUUCAAAGUUGUGUUUUUAUGGCACAUAAAGACGUUUAUAGCUUUGAUUCACUUAACACAUGUAAGUUAUAUAAUUAUAUAAUCCAUACAUCUUUAAGGGCACAUAGGUAGUUUGUGCAAUCGUAACAUUCCUUAUAAUUAAUUAUAACAUACCAUAGAGUUCAAUUAGAUUUCAGUUACAUUUGUGUAAGAAAAUGAUUCAGAUGCUACUUGUUCAAACAAAUGUCUGCUAACUUAUUUGUUGAGAACUGUAAGAAACAGUCAUGUUCAUUAAAAAAGGAUAUCAAACCUGC